CAGUAGCGUUUCAGUUCGGUUUCGUCGCUCUGUUCGGUCGGUUGUGCUCUGAGUUUACUCUCCAGCUUAGCUGCUGAAGUGGUGCAACGUUUCAAGUUUUUUUUUGUGUUUUUGUUCCUGCUGUUGGUGCUUGUGCUAUUCCCGAAGUGCUUGUUUUAGCUCUGGUAGAGCGAGCAGAGCUGCUCCCGUGGCAAGUUUUCUUGUUCUUUGCAAUCACACACACCGGGGGCGGAGGCUCCGUUGCGUUGAGCGUUUUCAAAAUUUUGUUGUACAAAUUUUGCUGAUCAAAUAGAGUGACGAAGAUAAAUCAGAAAUACUACAGUGAUAGUGAAAAUUCUAGUGUCGAAAAUUUGCCAGUGAAAACGAACACAGAAUCACGUUAUUUAGGUCGAAAUCAGUGAAAAAUUGUUUCCAGCUGCUGGCGAAACUUUCAUAGUAGUUGCUGUUGCUGCUGGUACCGGUUCAGGCCCAGGGGAGAUAUUGCAGAGAGUACCACUCCAGUUAUCCAAAUAGAGGGGAAGACUUCCUCCGCUCGAUUGCGAAAGGUCAUUAUAAAAUCUAUCCAACUGGAUUUCAGCAGAACAUAUUAUUUGACACGAAUACUGCGCACAGUCAUUGCGAUCGCGGUCUGAACCAGGACGGCCAGGUUGUGGCUCGGGCGUGGGAAUCCUACGUGGGCAGUGGACGCAGCAAUCUUCACCAUUGUGCAUCAAUUGGCUGUGUCGUCACAGUGCGCUAGGCCAGUGCCACCGCGAUGUGGGACUCCCAGCUAGUAUGGGCUCGGGACUCCCAUGUGGGCUACAUCCAGGGCCGGAUAACGGAGAUCGGCGCCCACGAGUACGAAGUGCAGCCCCUGGAUGGCAAACAGCCAAAGCGGAACUGCAUCCUGGAUGAUAUCUUCCCGUCGUGCGAAGCGGUCUCCGAUCACGAUGAUAACUGUGAAUUAAUGUUCCUUAAUGAGGCAACUCUACUAGAUAACAUCCAAAACCGAUACUAUAAGGACAAAAUUUAUACAUACGUAGCCAACAUCCUCAUAGCAGUCAAUCCGUACAAAGAGAUCCGGGAUCUGUACUCUAAGAACACAAUCAAAAAGUACAAUGGCAGAUCGCUUGGUGAACUGCCGCCGCAUGUGUACGCCAUCGCUGACAAAGCGAUCCGUGACAUGCGCGUACUCAAGGUGUCCCAAUCGAUAAUCGUUUCCGGCGAAUCGGGCGCGGGGAAAACCGAGAGCACUAAGUACUUGCUGAAGUAUCUGUGCGAUUCAGCAUCGGCGGCGGGCCCUAUCGAGCAGAAGAUUUUGGACGCCAAUCCAAUUCUGGAAGCGUUUGGAAAUGCGAAGACCACCAGGAACAAUAACAGUUCCCGUUUCGGGAAGUUCAUCGAGGUGCACUACGAUAGCAAAUGUCAGGUAGUGGGCGGCUAUAUUUCGCACUACCUGUUGGAGAAGAGUAGGAUCUGCACGCAGAGUCAGGAGGAGAGAAAUUACCACGUGUUUUAUUUGCUGUGUGCGGGUGCGCCGCAGCAGCUUCGGGACAAGCUGAUGAUUGGCAAACCGGACGACUAUAGGUAUUUGUCCGGAUGUACGCAGUAUUUUUCAUCGACAACCACGGAUAGGAAAAUUCCGAAUUCGCAAAAAUCGAGGGAUCACAUGUCGAAGGGAUCAUUGAAGGAUCCGAUAUUGGACGACUUUAACGAUUUCCACGAGUUGGAUCAAGCCUUGACGCGGUUGGGGUUGUCCGAGAGCCAAAAGUUCGAGAUCUAUGGACUAGUUGCUGCGGUGCUACAUCUGGGGAACAUCAAUUUUGAGGACAACCCUGAAGAUGCCAAGGGAGGCUGCCGAGUUUCGCAGAGUUCGGAGAAGGCUUUAGCUAUCACAGCGAAUUUGAUCGGGUUGGAUUCGUUUGAAUUGAGACAAGCCCUGGUUUCUAGGGUGAUGCAGAGUAAAGGCGGUGGUAUCAAGGGUACGGUUAUUAUGGUACCGCUGAAGAUCUACGAAGCCAACAACGCUAGAGAUGCCCUGGCAAAGGCUUUGUAUUCUAGGCUGUUCGAUCAUAUUGUGUCGUUGAUCAAUCAGAAUAUUCCAUUCCAAGCGUCCAGUUAUUAUAUUGGCGUAUUGGAUAUUGCUGGUUUCGAGUAUUUUACGGUGAACUCGUUUGAACAAUUCUGUAUCAACUACUGCAAUGAAAAGCUUCAGAAAUUUUUCAAUGACAAUAUCCUGGCUGCUGAACAGGAGCUCUACAAACGGGAAGGUCUCAACGUACCGGAGAUCAAGUUCACAGAUAAUCAGGACAUAAUUGAAUUGAUCGAAUCCAAGGCUAGCGGUAUAUUCAACAUUCUUGACGAGGAGUCUAAACUGCCGAAACCUUCUUUCGCUCAUUUUACGGCGGAAGUACACAGCGCAUGGUCGGGACAUUUUCGGUUAUCGUUGCCUCGUGCUUCCCGAUUGAAGGCCCACCGUGUGCUACGGGAUGACGAAGGAUUUUUGGUGCGACACUUUGCCGGUGCCGUUUGCUACAAUACCCAUCAAUUUAUCGAGAAGAACAAUGACGCACUGCAUGCUUCGCUAGAAGGCCUUGUGCAGGAGUCGGAAAAUCAUCUCCUAAAGCGGCUUUUUAGCAACGGUAAAGCUCCUUCCACUAAGGGCAAACUGGCUUUCAUUUCUGUUGGAUCGAAGUUCAAAACUCAACUGGGUGAACUGAUGGACAAACUGGAGAAAAACGGCACAAAUUUCAUUCGCUGUAUCAAACCAAACAGCCGCAUGGUGGAUCACGAGUUCGAGGGCAGCCUCGCGUUGGCGCAGCUCAAGUGUUCCGGCACGACUUCGGUGCUAGAGCUGAUGGAGUACGGCUAUCCGUCGCGUGUGCCGUUCAACGAGCUGUACAACAUGUACAAAUCAUUUCUUCCACCGGAACUGGCCAGGCUUAAUCCACGUACCUUCUGCGAAGCGAUGCUGCACUCGCUCAAACUGAACAACAAUGAUUUCAAAUUCGGCAUUACAAAGGUGUUUUUCCGGCCGGGAAAAUUCGUCGAGUUUGACCGGAUUAUGAAGUCGGAUCCGGAGAACUUGCGGGCGAUCAUCGCGAAUGUGAAGAAGUGGCUCGUGCGGUCCCGAUGGAUAAAAUCAGUAUUCUGUGCAAUAUGUGUAAUCAAAUUGAAAAACCGCAUUAUUUAUCGGAACAAAUGUGUACUGUUGGCGCAGAAAACGAUCCGCGGCUACCUGGCUCGCAAGCAGCACCAACCACGCAUCAAAGGUAUCAUCAAAAUCAACGCAAUCAAGUCAAACCUCAACAAGAUGCAGGAAAUUGCGAAUCAGCUGAAAUCGGAACGGGACAACAUGCUGAAGCAGGUAAACGACGUACAACGGACGAUCGAAUCUUCCGUAGCCAGGAUCAAGAACGAUCCGAAGAUCUCCGCCGUCCAAAUCGACGGUCUAUAUGCGGAAAUCAUGAACAAGCUGGACAACCAGAUGAAAACGAUACACAUAAAGCUGCAGGAACAGCGAAACGCCGAAGAACAGGAACGACUGCGUAAGAUUCAAGCUGCUUUGGAAGCGGAACGAAAAGCCAAAGAGGAGGAAGAGCGAAGGCUGCGAGAGGAAGAGGAAACCCGGAAAAAGAAAGCCGAAAUGGAAACUAGGCGUAAAGAGGAAGAAGCGCGCCGUCUCAGACAGGAAGAGGAAGAUCGUAAAGCAGCGCUCGCUCUGCAGGCUCAAUUAGAGAAGGAAGCCCAAGAGGAUAUCCAGUACAGGCAGCAGUUAGAACAAGAGCGACGCGACCACGAGCUGGCUCUUCGACUGGCUCAGGAAUCCAAUGGACAAGUCGAGGACAGUCCGCCCUUGUUGAGAAACGGUACGCCAGAAGUUACGCCUUUGGGUAAUCCCAACAGAUUGAUCAGAUCUGAAGCGAUUCGCGCCCAGCAGCAGUUGAUCGAGAAGCAAAAGCACGACCUAUCCAAGUGGAAGUAUUCGGAGCUGCGCGAUGCGAUCAACACCAGCUGUGACAUCGAGCUGUUGGAGGCGUGUCGCCAUGAGUUCCACCGCCGCCUGAAGGUGUACCACGCAUGGAAGGCUAAGAACCGCAAGCGUACCACCAUGGACGAGAACGAACGGGCCCCACGCAGCGUCAUGGAAGCCGCCGCACGAGCUCCGCCAAGACUAUCCCAGAAGCAGGAGAUUACGAACGGAUCGGUGCAUCGCUACUUCCGCAUUCCGUUCGUCCGGCCGAGCAACAACCAGGAGGACAACAACAAACGGGGCUGGUGGUAUGCCCACUUCGAUGGGCAGUAUGUGGCUCGCCAGAUGGAGCUGCACGCCGACAAGCCACCGAUCCUGCUGGUGGCCGGUGUCGACGAUAUGCAAAUGUGCGAACUCAGCCUGGAGGAGACCGGACUGACACGGAAACGUGGUGCCGAAAUCCUGGAACACGAGUUCAACCGCGAAUGGGAACGGAACGGUGGUAAGCCUUUCAAAAAAGCAGGUAAAUAAGUAUUUGUGUAUUUGGAAGUUAUGUUUUUUUCAAGAGGUCUAUUUUAAAUUAGUAAAUUGAACCAUAAAAAGUUUUCUGGAAAUUUCACGUAACCGAACGAUCAUGAGAAAAUCCAAAUGCUUUCGAGUGUCUUGUGUUUUGGUGCCUUUUGGAAUAAAAAAUGAAAAAUAUAGAAGUUGAAUAUUUGUUACAUUCCGUGUGUUUUAACAGUUCCAAUACUUGUGUGAGAGUUUUCUCUUUAUUUCAUGCAAUAUUAUCGUCUUACGUUUUACAUAUAAAAUAAUAUAUACAAAUAGUCAGCUUUUUAAUAGU